AUGCAUCACAGGGCUUACCCAGCUAUACGUUCAGUCUCUUCGUCCUCUAAUCUCUCCGAGUCCACUCCCCGCCUCGCACCCAUUCUCCCUCCAGCAACUCUCGACGGCCUUUCAAGCAAAUCUUCCGGCCUCCUUCUCAACCAGUCUCCUACCGAUGUUGCACCCCAAGUCCACCCCGCGAGACCUGCAACCGUCUGUGGGCUUCCCCUGAAAUAUCUCUCCCUAGUCACGCUCGCAGUCCAAAACGCGUCCUUGUCGAUAGUCAUGCAUUAUUCCCGCGUGUCUAUUCCCACUCAUCUUGCCUACUCUCCAGCAGCUGCCGUCCUCGUUGGUGAGAUCCUCAAGGGCUCAAUAUCCUUCGUGAUCGCCCUCUGGAAGGCGUACCAGGUGGAGUUACACAUUUCUUCCCGCAAGCCUUUCGCCGGCUUCCUCACCGCUCUCUUCCCGUGGUCUGCGCCGUUUCGACAAGUUUGCAGCGAGGUUUUUAGUGCUGAUUGCUGGAAAUUAUCCAUACCCGCGUUGCUUUAUGUCGUCCAAAACUCACUCCAAUUCGUCGCCAUCGGCAACCUUCCAGUCGCCUCUUUCCAAGUCGCUUACCAAAUGAAGAUCCUGACCACCGCGGCCUUCUCCGUGCUUCUCCUCCGGAAGAGACUUUCAUCCACAAAGUGGAUGUCCCUCUUCUUCCUUGCAAUCGGUGUCGCCAUUGUGCAGGUUCAGACCAGCGCCGCGAACCCCCGGACCAGGGAGUUCCGCGUCGGAAGUGCGCAUGACGCAGCACCGCUGCACGUUCAUAUCAUGAGCCCACUUAGAGGUUUUUGUGCCGUGACCGCAGCGUGCUUCACAUCGGGUCUAGCAGGUGUCUACUUUGAGAUGGUCUUGAAAAACUCCAAGGCCGACUUGUGGGUGCGCAACGUCCAGCUUUCCCUGUUCUCCCUUCUCCCUGCCAUCCUUCCUAUCAUCUAUGCUUCUCCGUUCCCUUCAUCGGACGGAAUAAUUAGCGAUCUUUUCCGCAAUUUUGGUGGUUGGGCGUGGGCCACGGUGUGCAUUCAGGUGUUUGGUGGCCUCUAUUCGGACAACAUCCUCAAAGGCUUUGCUACGUCCAUCUCCAUCAUCCUCUCAUUCCUCUCGUCGGUCGUGCUUUUUGACUUCCAUGUCACCCCUUCCUUCCUCAUCGGAGCCUCUACCGUACUUGCUGCUACUGCCAUGUACAACCAACCAACACCCAAGGAACCUACCAUCCUCACUUCUGGAAGUAAAAGGUCGUUUACACCGCUUUCGCUCGGGAAAGAGGAGCCUAUCCUGGGACAGUUCUCCCCAAAGAAGUCUUCGCCAUUUGGUAGCCCUCGUGCCAUCGCGUCCGCGCUUGGUUUAGCUGAGAAGUCGAAUGGCGCCUCCGAGAAGGAAUACUUUAUGGAGAUGGAGUCCACCUCACGCUAUCUUAAUGCUCCUUAUGGCUCUCCAUUCCCUUCGCGCACACCCACCCCCCGAUUAGACGAGCGGACGUGA